AAUGACAUCUAGGAACACCACUAUGAAGGGAACCUGCUUUCCACAAUAACCCAAGGUGACUGGUCAACAAUGCUGCUUCGAGUCAUCAUAUCAGAGCAUGAAAUCAGACGUCUUUCAAUUGAAGACAUUCCCACAAGUGUUGAAGAGCUGUACCAGCUGUUGCGAACAAACCAUGGCCUGAGAGGUGGAUUCAUUUUGCAGUUUGAAGAUCCUGAUUUCAACAAUCAGUUGUGCAAUCUGACAGACAUCAAAGACCUUCCUGUGGAGCGAGCAACAUUAAAAGUAUUGUUCCCAGCUGAUGACGUCUCAGAUUCUACAUUGGACACAAGCAGCUUGCCAUCUGUUAGUGGGGAUUCUGUUGAAUGGCCUGACCCCUUCCCAAUACCACAGUUCUCGCAUGAUGUGGAGCUCCAGCUGCAAGAAGCAAAUUGUCGGUAUGCUAAGGAUGGAUCUGCGAUGGUGAUUCCUAAAGGUAUAAAGACUGAUAUCCUUGACACACUUGCAGACAGUAUGUCGAAGAUUAGUGCUUAUCCUCAGAGGGAUCACUAUGAGAGUGUAGCCAAGGCACUUGUGGAGAAGCAUCCCAGUCUGAAGGAGCCAGGGUCUGAAAAGGAAUGGUACUCCUGGUUUCAUAGCCUGAAAUUUAAGCUUGGCAACUAUCGUCAAAAGUUAAGUGCAGCAGGAUGCCCCGAGGUGGUAAUAAACAAAAGAAAAGGAGGAAAAGCAAAGGGAAGACAUGUAAAGAAGUCAAAGAAGGGUGAGGUCAACUACUGCCCAGAUCCACCUGAAGGACAGAGUCCUGAAACCAUUGAGGAAAAGUGUAAACUGUUGGAGGUUGAAAUGCUGAAAAAGGACCCUGAUCACAAGCUGGUAGAAGAUUUGAUGGUUGCAACAUUUUCUCAGCGCAGAAAAGAGAUUAUUGGAGAUCAGCCAUUCAUCACAGACGUCAUUUCCAGAUGGCCAGCUCUGUUCCAUGAGAGACAGAUCAGGGCAGAAUUCAAGAGAAUUGUCACCACAGACCUUCUGGAAUCUUUUCUCGAUGGGCUUGAUGGGCUGGUCCCAAGACUGCUGGAGGUAUACAAAGCAGCAACUAAGUCUGGAAAGAAGCAGUCACUCAAAGACAUUUUGAACUGCCUUGAGAAAGAUGACACAAAUGAGAGGAGAAGGACAGCUGCUUUGCUUGGACUGCCACACUACAUAUCAGGCGAAGAUCCAUCAGACGUCAUCAGGAUGUGUGAUGCUCAUGUUGAGACUCUGGAUGAAGCCAUGAAGGGGAUGUGCCUUGGCCUCCUGAUUGGCUAUGAAGGUCCUCAACAGGAUGCCUUUCCACCUGAGGUCUUCAAUGUGGCAGUUGUGGUCGAGGAGAGCAUUGUGCUUCACAACAUUAAAGACGUGCCAAGCAGCUUUGCCAUGCUUAUGGGCAUCAUCUACUGUGUGAAUCUUGAGUAUCCAGAAGCCAUGAAGUAUUCCUUUGAGUUUCUUCAGAGAGUGGUGAUGAAGAUCAAACCGGACCAAGCCUCUGCCCGGGUACACGGAUUAAGAAACAGAAUCCUGAGGUACAAACUGUAACUUGUCUACUUUUCCUACUUUAUGUUCUCAUAUGGAAACAGUCCUGUCAAGAAUGUUGCUGAUUGUUCUAUAUACACUGUAUUGUGCAUUGAUGUUUUGUACUGAUGGUCUCAACGGUUCAAUACAGACUUUCGGUGUUGUUUUUAAGGUGAAUAUGCAAACUUCCUAGACUGGACAAAACUGCUUCAAAUGUAUCUGUUGAAUGGACACUGGAGUCUCAUGUGUUUCCUCCUUUUUUUUAGCAUUUGGGUUGCAGAAUCAGAAUUUAACUGCUCUUUCUUUUUUUUUAAACACAUAAGAACUUCAACUUAAGUAAAAAAGCACAGUCUAAGGAUUUUGACUGUUCUCUGCUUUUUAUUUAUGACAUUCUAUAUGUGAAUGAAUGUCAAAUGCACUUUUUUUGCAAACAAAAAAAAUCAGCACAGGACUUAAACUGUUCCACUUCACUGUUCUUUUGAAUGUUAAAUAUGCUGUUGAAAAUGUGUGUCUGUCAUCUACUCAAAGGAGAUGGAGGCUGUAAGUUGACAAUUGUUCAAAUAAAUAUUUUU